CAGAUCUGAGGGAAAACGAUGAAGGAGACGAAGCCAAAGAUUCCAACUCUGUUACAUCGUUGGGAACGUUUCGGAAAAAGUCCAACGUUGUCCCACCGUAAUUGGUGAACCAACCAGUGGAACGCAUCGUUUCGAUUCGGAGAUGUUAAUUCAGAGACCAUUAUUUCCCAGAUUUCCAUUUUCCAAGCUGGUCAAAAGUUUUGGACUAUCUUCGUGGUGCUCUCUCAAUGGAUGUGGCAACUACUGCCUCCAGUUAUGUGACCUCUCCGGACGACCGUAUCAAGCUCAACGUCGGCGGGAAGCUCUUCGAGACGACGCUUGCCACCCUUCGUUCCGGUGGUUCGGAUUCCCUACUCACGGCUCUCUCCCUCCGUGACACCGGCGAUAACCACCCUGUUUUCAUUGACCGCGACCCCGAGAUCUUCUCCGUCCUCCUGUCCCUCCUCCGAACCAAGCAGCUCCCCUCCACCGCUCGUCGUUUCUCCAAGCAAGAGCUCGCCGAUGAAGCAAUUUACUACGGCAUCGACGCCCAACUCAGGUCGGCCAUGGCGCCGUCACCAUUGGAUGGGAUCGACGCCUCUAGCACCGCAACAAUUCGACCGGCGUCUGAGGGCUUGUCUCCCACUUUCACCGCCGCCGAGGUCGAUGGAUCCAUUUGGAUAGCCCACGGUGGUCAGAUUUCUUGCUACGACUGGAAUCUCAGCCACUCAUGCACCAUUCGAACCCAUCUAGACGAAAUUGAUUCUAUUUGCCGUGUCUGGCCCGAAAUUGCGGCUAUAGGGUCAGAAUCCAACGCGGGACUGCACUUCUACGAUUUCUCCGAUGGGCGCAACAUCGGGACGGUUCAGUGGACUGAUCCUUCUGAUCCCCGUAUCUUCAAGGCCCGAGUGAACGCAAUAGCUGGCUCAGAGAGUUCCAUUUUUGCGGCGUUUGAUUGCCCGCACAGAGAGAAUUCUGUCCUUGAAAUAGAUAAAACAAAGCUUCAGAUCGUGUCUCAGCUCGCUAGACAAUCUGGUAAUCAGGCUAAGCAUACGGUUCCUGGGAAGCUGACGUGGGUACCCCAGAACGGCGUGCUUGUUGGAAGUGCAGUUACGAGCGGGGCUUUUGGAUACUCUGGCUACAUCAGAUUGUGGGACCCUCGUUCCGGCGAGGUGGUGUGGGAGACGAAUGAGCCGGGUGCAGGUAGAAGCAGUAGGUUUGGGGAUUCGUUUGCGUGCGUGGACGUCGACGUGGAAGGCUUGGCUUUGUUCAAGCUCUGCUCUCAAUCCGGGGAUUUGGCAAUGGCGAACAUGCGGCAUUUAAAAGAGGAUCCGUGGAUUUAUUUGCAAGAAAAGAACCCAAGCUUGGUGAACACCGGGAGAGUUAGCAACAGUGUGAUUCAUUGUUACAGGAAGCAGGUGUUUGUCGGGAGAGAGGGUGAUUUAGAGGUUUGGUCCAGGCUCGAAGAUGAAAAUGGUGCAGAAAUAGCUGGUGGAGAUGCUGAGGGUUUGUAUAGAAGAAAUUUCGUGGACAAAAUAGAGGAUUCAGAGAGGGGGAUUAUUAAGCAGAUCGAUGGUGGUGGGAACAGGUUGUUUAUUAGCAGAGAAGAGGUUGAAGGUAUUGAAGUAUGGGAGAGUUCUUGUUCUUCUGGCGCGAUUUCAGUUUUGUGAUCAAGGAAUUGUCAUGGAUAUGAGAAUUUGGUCUCAAACCGGCUUUAUUUAGUUGAGCGUGGUCAGCCUACUUUACAACAGACCCUUUUGCAUUAUGCCAGAGACUUUUCCUCCCUGGAAACUGCAAUUUUAGGUAUGGCUUCGAAUUCUAUCAGCGUGUCACCGAUGAUUUUAUACUUACAAGAUACUUUGUCCCCGAUGAUAUUUGUUUUAUAUCUCUGCCAAUAUUUCAUAGCCAGCUCCAAACUCGAAUAAAGGAAGGAAGACGAUUGUAUUAGGCCCAGAUAGCAAAAGUAAAACUUGUGAAUGGGACAAUUUUUUAUG